GGCGUGUUGCUGAACAACAUGUGAGUUUGAUGCCCACAAGCUGAGGAUUUAAUGUAGGAAACAUUUCAGGAUAUCUGAAACGACAUCAAACAUGGCAGCAGUGGAGGAGGACUUCCCUCGAGGGGGGACGGCAAAGAAGCCCACUGAGAGUAAAAUAGUGGUGCAGCGGACGGAGGUGGACAACUUGUUCCAGUCAAACGAAAAAGUAGAAACUAAGAAAAGAAAGGCCGCGGUCAAAGAUGACGGCAAGAAGCUCAAGAAGCCAAAGGCGGGCAAAGAAAAAGAAGGUGGUCUGACACUGAAUGCAGCAGCCAAGUGUGUGGAAAUUCUGCAUGUCAAGAAUGUGAAGGAGGGUAUGCUGAUGCUGGGCUGUGUGAAGGAGGUAACAGACUUUGAGAUUACCGUCAGCCUGCCUUGUGGCCUGCAAGGCUUCCUCAGCAUCAAGAGCAUCUGUGACUCGUACGCGAAGCUGCUCAGCGAGCAACUAGAGUCAUCUGAUAUAGAGGAGUUCUGCUCUCUGCCGCACCUCUUCCACCCUGGCAUGGUGGUCAGGUGUGUGGUUGCCAAAUUGGAUGUAGCCAAAGGAGGCUCUCUUAGCAUCCAGCUGUCAAUAAAUCCGAAGCUGGUCAACAAGGCUCUCACCUCAAGCUCUCUGAAAGCUGGCAUGGUCUUGAGUGGGUGUGUGGAGAGUGUGGAGGAUCAUGGCUACAUAGUUGACAUUGGCAUCAACGGAACCAAAGCCUUCCUGCCCAAGACAGCAGAAAAGGACAAACAUAACAACCCAGAAGAGCUCAAAGUGGGUCAGUAUGUGACUUCUCAAGUGGACGAAGUAAAGAACGAAGGCCGUGUGGUCCGCCUGUCCGUCAGCCCACCGACCAUGGCCCAGGUCUGUGCUGACCCUGAGCAGGGUUGGAACCUCACGAACCUUCUGCCUGGUCUUCUGGUCAAAGCUACGAUCAAAAAGGUGACCAAACAUGGGCUGAUCAUGGACUUCCUGUCCUCCUUCAGUGGCCAGGUGGACUUUCUCCACAUGGAGCAAGACCAGGCAUCCAGCUACACUGAGGGAACCAAGGUGCAAGCCCGUGUGCUGUAUGUGGAGCCAUCCACCCGUCUGGUGGCCCUGAGCCUGCGCAGCUACCUCGUGCAGCCCGGGACCAGAGUUGACCCCUCUCCUGCUGGAGAUGACCGCAUCGGUGAGGUGGUGAAGGACUGCAAGAUGACCGCUAUGCACCACAUGUCUGGAGCCAUGUUGGAACUGCCAGACAAAACGAAGGCCUUUGUUCAUAGGAACCACCUGAAGGAGUCAAAUGAGCCACCUAAUGAAAACCGAGUGCUCGCUAUGCCUGAACACACCUGCAGGAUCCUGGACUUCAGCGCCAUGGACCAAAUUUAUUUUGUUAGUCUGCGGAAGAGUUUGAUUGAGAAGCCUUUUUACAGAUACCAUGAUCUCCAGGCCGGUCAGGUUGUAGAGGGGACAGUGUCAGUCCUGCUGAAUCACGGCAUGGUGGUGCAUCUGUCUGACCACAUUAAAGGCCUGGUGCCUCGGACACACCUGUCUGAUAUCGUUCUUAAGAACCCAGAGAAGAAGUACAUGGAGGGCAUGAAGAUCAAGUGUCGGGUGCUGUCAGUAGAUGCAGGGAAUAAGAAGCUGUACCUGACCAGAAAGAAGGCCCUGGUUGAAAGUUCCCUGCCGUUGUUCCUCAGCUAUGCCGAUGCCCGUCCUGGCCGUGUUUCCCACGGCUACAUCGUCUGCAUCAAAGGCUUUGGCUGCAUCGUUCGCUUCUACAACAACGUCAAGGGUCUGGUGCCGCUCAGCGAGCUCAGCUCAGAGGCCAUCAUCAGUCCGGAGGAGGUCUUCUAUGUGGGACAGGUGUUAAAGGCUAAAGUUCUUCAGUGCGACCCCGAUAAGGGAAAGAUGAUGCUGUCAUUUAAGGCGGCGAUGGAGGGAGACACUCAAGAAGCUGCCAAGCCCGAGUUUGACUGUGAGGUGGGCAAGAGGCUGGAGGCCAAGGUGCUGAAAAAGUCAAUCAACGGCCUGGAGGUGGCCAUCCUCCCCGACGACAUCCGCGCCGUGCUACCCACAAUGCACCUUUCCGAUCACUUAUCCAACUGCCCUCUGCUGUGGGAGAGCCUGCAGGAGGGAGACAACAUCUCAAACCUCGUCUGCUUCAACAAGAACAAGCAGAAUAUUACCCUCACCAAGAAACCAACAGUAAGAUGGUCGCUGGAGGAAGGAAUGGUUGCCAAGGAUUUCUCUGAAAUCACAGUUGGAAUGCAGCUGAUUGGCUGGAUCAAGAACAUCAUGUCCUAUGGCGUCUUUGUAGAGUUCCCAUACGGCCUUGUUGGUCUGGCACCCAAGUCGGCCAUGACCGACAAGUUCGUCAGUGACACGACGAAUGCCUUCCAGCUGGGCCAGACGGUGUUCGCUAAAGUGACCAACCUGGAUGAGGAAAAGCGGCGUUUCCUGGUCACGCUGAAGAUUUCAGAGGUCAUAUCUCCAGAGGGUGAUGCCCAGACCAGACUCAUUAAUGGUCUGCAGGAGAGGAGAGCUGUGACUGAAAUGCUGGCUCUGAGAGGUAACAGUGAUCUCCGCCAGCAGCUGGCUGCUCUGUCUGUUGGUCAGAAGCUGAAGCUGACUGUACAUACUGUGACUGACAGCGGUGCCAUGUUUAAAGCUGAUGAUCUGGCGGGUGCUUCCAUACUGGCCACCAAGCACCAUGUCAUGGGCGUUAACCUGAUCCCUGGCCAGAAAGUUACAGCGACCAUCCUCCAUGUUAACAUCCUGUCUGUAUGUGUCCAUGUGUCCAUCCUUUCCAAGCUGGUGGGGAAGAAGAAAUCUUUAACUGAAGGCUCAAAGUACACAGCGAUGGUGCAGCACAUCGACAAAGACUUUGCCGUCAUCUCACUGGGCGAUACGGCGCAGCUGACUGUGAUCCAAACUAGGAGUCACCUGAACCAGAUAUUUCUGCUUGAGUCAGAGAAGCUGAAGGCCGGGAUGAGUUUGUCCGUCGAGGUCAUAGAACCCAGCUGUCAGGAGGCGCAGGGGCUCCCCCUAGUGUCGUGGGAACGCAUGGCACCAAACCGACAGCACACGACCUCAGAGAGCCAAACGUGCUCUCAGGGUCACUGCUUUGGCAGAAUCGUACAGGGUACAGUGCGGACAGUGAAGCCUACCUCCAUUCAGGUCACACUGGAGGAUGGAAGCACAGGCAGCGUGCACGUGUCUCAGGUGGUGGAGGUCACAGAAAUGUGUCAGGGAUCUUUCCCCACAUCCUCGGUUAAAGUGGGCAGUGUGGUCACGGCCAGGGUCAUCGGAGGACGAGAGGCCUCCAGUCACAGAUUCUUGCCCUUCUCCCAUCCCAAAUUUACAUAUACCAUUCCUGAGCUCACACUUAUACCCAGCAAAGUGGAUGAGAGUGCAGAUUUCAAACCCGUCACAGCAAAAGAAAAGCUGAACGGCUAUAAGGUCGGGGAAGAACUGACAUGCUUUGUAUCGAAGUUUAAUCCAGAGAAGAAGUCUUUGGAGGUCACCACUGAUCCUUGUGUUACUGGGACAGUUGAACUGCUGGCCAUGAUCACGGAUCCAAAAGAUGCCGGCCACCCAGAGAAACUGUACAAGCUGGGCCAAGCAGUCCGUGCCAAAGUGGUCGAAGUGAACUCCAAGCCUCAACGCUUUGUGCUGUCACUCACUGGUGUCCAUAAGCUGGAGGAAGGCAGUGUUGCUUUGGGCAUGGUGACCAAUAUUCAGCCACAAGUUGGCCUUCUGGUCAAACUUCCCUUUGGCGGCACAGGGACUGUUGCUGUCACUGACCUGGCUGAUGCCUACAGGCCAAACCCCCUGCACAUGUACAGCAAGGAUCAGCUGCUCAGGUGUUUCCUGGUUGGAAAUGAAAAUGGCAAGUGGCAGUUGUCUCUACGUCCAUCAAGGCUGAACCCUGAGGAGGCCAAGCCAGUGAAGGACCCCGAACUUUUGUCUGUAGGGAAACUGAAGGCAGGCCAGAUUAUCAGAGGCUACGUCAAGUCUGUAGGAGAGCAGGGGGUCUUCAUCAGGUUGUCAAGGACCAUCACAGGAAGAGCCCAGCUCCAGCAGUCCACCAAGUACUUUGUCAACAACCAGACGGUCCUCUCUGAGCACCUGCCUCCCAACACCCUGCUGACCACCAAGAUCCUCAGUGUUAACAAAGAGGAGGAGUUGGUCAACCUCUCUCUGCUCCCUGAGGACACCGGGAAGCCGGACGUCCUUCCAGAGUCUCUCAGUCUGCCGCUUCGUCUGGUCGGAGAGGAGAAGAAGAAAUACGAUACUCAGAGGAAGAAGAAACGCGCGCUGUCUGAGAGCGAGCAGAAACAAGCAGAGUCCCAGGUCCCAAAGAAGAAGAAGAAAACAAAGAAAGCAAAGACUGAUGACAGCGACAGCGGAGUAGAGGUGUACUUCAGAGAAGAGGAGGAUAAGGACGACGAGGAAGAACCCAAAUCCAGUUCUGUAGAACAGGUGAAGCACAGCUCAGCAGGUCCAUCCAGACUGCAGGUGGCAGCAGGUUUCUCCUGGGACGUGGGACUGAGCUCCUUGAAGCCUGCCUCUGUAGCGCAAGAGGGGGACUACAGUGAUGGAGAAGACCAGGACAGAAGCAGCAAGCCCCAGAAGAAGUCUCGUCAUGAGCAAGAGCAAGAGAAAAAGGCAGCCGAGAAGGCCCUGACGCAGCGGGAGGCGGAGCUGAUGGAUCCCAGCCUGCGGCCCCAGGAUGCAGCCGCCUUCGAGCGCCUGCUCCUCGCUUCCCCCAACAGCUCCCUGCUUUGGCUCCAGUACAUGGCUCACCAUCUACAGGCCACCCAGAUCGAGCAGGCCCGUGCCGUGGCCGAGAGGGCCCUCAAAACCAUCUCCUUCAGGGAGGAGCAGGAGAAGCUGAAUGUGUGGGUGGCCCUGCUGAACCUGGAGAACAUGUACGGCACAGAGGAGAGCCUAAAGAAAGUGUUUGAGCGGGCGCUGCAGUUCUGUGAGCCUAUGCCCGUGUACCAGCAGCUGGCUGACAUCUACGCAAAGUCCGACAAGAUCAAGGAGGCGGAGGGCCUGUAUAAGACGAUGGUGAAGCGUUUCCGUCAGAAUAAGGCGGUGUGGCUGAGCUACGGCACCUUCCUGCUCCAGCAGGGUCAGAGUGAUGCUGCCAGUGCUCUCCUGCAGAGGGCGCUGAAGAGUCUGCCCUCCAAAGAAAGUGUGGAUGUGAUCGGCAAGUUCGCUCAGCUGGAGUUCCGUUAUGGUGAUUCAGAGAAAGGUCGUGUCAUGUUUGACAAAGUCCUGACGAGCUACCCGAAACGCACAGACCUGUGGUCCGUCUUCAUCGACCUCAUGGUCAAACAUGGAUCACAGAAGGAAGUCAGGGCGCUCUUUGAUCGUGUGAUCCACCUGAGCGUUUCAGUCAAAAAGAUCAAGUUCUUCUUCAAGCGCUAUUUGGAGUACGAGAAAAAGCACGGCACCCCGCAGAGCAUCCAGGCUGUCAAAGAGAAGGCCAUGGAGUUCGUUGAAGCUAAAGGCACCGAGGCUGCCGACUAAAGACCAGAUACACACAAUGAUAUGCACCUUGUGCGUGUGAGCGGACUGCAGAGUGUUAACCUCAGCCUGUGCUUCACACCUGUUCAGAAACAAGCUUGUGACUUGUGAGGUUCCACCAGGAAAUGAUCAGCUUCUGUAAUUUAGCUUUUUUUAUUGUUGUGGACUGGGGGGCUUCCGAGUAAACCUUUGUAAAGUGGGUUGUGAUCAACUAUAAAAUAUUAAACAUUUCAUCAACUUCAUUUUAUUCUAAUUUUGUAUGAGUGUGAGCUCUGAAGAGAGUAAUUAAUGUUAUGACUGUUAGCCACAUUUUGGAAUAGAUUUUUUUAAAGGUCCCUUUACACAUCUGUGGGAGCAUUUUCUAUUCAUCUGGCCAGCCUUUCAAUAAAUCCACCCCAUUACAAUACAUUACGUGACUUUUAUUUAAAAGCAACAAAUACAAAAUAACAAUAUAUAGGGACAUGUUUACAUACAAUACAUACAGGCAAGACUAGUUUUCUAUCAGUCUCUUUUUAAAAGGAAAGGGCCUGGGACACAAUCGGUAACAACAUUGUCUACUUAAAUCGUCAUGGUUGUAAUCCCGCUGGUCUUGGUUUCAGCCGGAGGUUGUGGCUGCCUCUGACUGCUGGAGCCUUUCACCUACGUUGGCAGUAUUGAAGAUGCAUGUGUGGCACAGGGUUAUAGGGUGAUUGACAUGGUUUGUGCUGGCUGUAUUGGUAACACCCCUGAGAUAUUAGAGGUAUCCAUACUGAUCCUGUACUCUGAUGUCCUGCUCAAUGCCUGAAGUGUUGUUGGUCUCUGGCAGUGCUGCACUAGUCAUCCAGUGACGGUGGCAAUGAUAUCCUGCUCUCUAAUGUGGCUCCUUUUCCUGGCCUUUUUUUUUUUUUCUUUUGGUGAACAGUGCAAUAUGGAAGUAGAACUAGGAGCAUUUUUAUGAAAAGGUCCUAUUCAUCCAACUGACUGAUCCCUGACUGACCUGACCAAAUCGUUUUGCUGCUGUCAGUAUCCAAUUCCCACUGAGGCAUAUUGCUCAAAGGUCAGCAGCAGGGCGGCCGCUUGGGAUCAUUAUCAACAUUUCCUGUGAGAUGUCUUAAAGAUGACCGCUGUCCAUCAUCCCUAGUGUAUUUAAUGUGUGUGUUUUCUCUGUCCGGGUUCCUCUUUCCCCGCUCACUCACACCUCCUCCGGGUCCAUCGGACCCUCGGCACCCUGGGGAGCGUCCGUGUGGAGCCGGAGGAUGGGCUUGUUACACAUGGGGCACACGCUGCGGAUCUCCAGCCACUUAAGCAGGCACCUGACGGGACAAAAAAAGGGAACCGUUAGCUUUUAGAUUAGCAUGAAAUUAGGAGGAAAAAAUCCAUCAAACCUUCAAGAGGAGCCAGAGAAAGCCAUGUAACCCUCACUGAUGAAACUAGAGUUUCUCUAAUUACAUGAUCAGUUAAGAUUUUUUGCAUUUACAUAG